UGCAGCGGGCAGCGUCAUUGCCGCUCCGUCUGCCGUCGUCGUAUUGUGAUACGAUAAAAAUAUAAUAAUAUAUUAUUGUAAUAACGAUAACAACACAGUCCGAUCGUCGACGAUAACAUUGAAAUCAAUUGAUUGUCGCGUCGCACAGCGAUACGAGCGUGACAAUUGCCGACCACCAUAACACGAUAUAUAUUAUUAUUCUUCAUUCCGCGAAACAGUAUAGUGUCGUCAGUCGGAUAUCAUCGUAUUUUUUGCGGACCUACUCCUCGGCAAACCGCAACAGUCGUCGACGUGUCGCACACUCCGUAGUGGUCACCCGCCAGCCAGCCAGCGACUCGGCGAGCAUAAAAUAUAAUAUCAAUACGUCACGAUAAUAUUCACUAGACACGACGACGAUUUCGGGCGAACAUGGCCGCCGGUGGAUGCGUCGAUUUCCCGGAAAAGGCACUACUUAAACUACGCGCGUCAAAAAUACAUGCAUAUAGAAAACAAAUACUGAGAAGUCACCCUGGUGUUUAAUAGUCAGUAUGUGCGGAGACGUCGAGUGUUCCUCGGUCGUCAUUGAGUAGGAAAGGAUUUCAAAAGAACUUAGAGUUAGCAUGAACGAAUGGAGAGAAAUUAUAGUAUUGUUGAACGCAAUAAUGUCGUGGCAAAAAAAUUGGUUUCCCGCGAUUACAGUCAUAUGUGUAACGAGUUUAUACCUAUAUGUGUGGCUGGUCAACUGUUCGAUACUAAACAUGAUCUGGAUGACCGGCCUAUGCGUCGCUCUGUUGGAUUGCAUCGUGUGUGGUCCGUUUCAAAGAAUCUUGCCACCUAGCAGUUGGGACCAAGACAAGGAGCGUACGUUCACGGAUAUCUCUGAGUGGGUGGCAGAUUGCUGGGUGACGACGAAGCUCUACAUGAGCCGAUUUUUCAACCUCAGGCAAACACAUACCAAACUGUUUCAUUCUGUCUUGUCGGUAUCGUUCUUCAGCCUGUUAUACAUCGGAACCACAUUCAACAAUUUGUUCAUAUCAUAUAUUACAAUUUUGGGGAUUUUGCUGUUUCCCGGAUUCAAAACUAAAUCGGAAUACAUCGAAGACAGUCUGCAGAGGUACGCUCGUCAGAUGCUGUCAGCCGACGACGACGAGGCGUCUUCAUAGGGCUACUCCCUGAAAGCCAACGCGAUCUAUCUAACCAGCUCAGUUAACAUUAACGUUUUUUAGUGUAAAAUAGAUGAGUGUAUAGAGUUCAUUAAUUAUUUUUUUCGCCUUUUAGUUUUCAUAAAUAAAUAUAAUUUGGCAUGUACCCUACCAUUUACAGUAGGUAUUUACAAUUAUUUGUAUGUGCGUGUGUUGUACCUAUAUGUUUUGUUAAUUAUUAUAAUAAUC